AUGCAAGCAUCCUUCGCACCGGUCUUCUCCAGAGUGGUCUCCACCGGUAUCUCGUGCUGGACUGGCGUCUGGNGGCUUCAGCUCGAGCAGCUUGUUCAUCACCUCCCGAUUACCACAACCGCGGUGCUGCUUGCGCUUCUCGUUGAUGUAGUCAACAAGGGCUUGUUCGGCGUCGACUGUCGAAGCUUUCGCUCCGCUGUGAACCUGCUUGGCCUUCGAAAGCUUGGGGUUGGCGCUGACCUUCCCCCUGAGCUGCUCCUCCUGCUUCAGCCACUCGAUGAUACGCUUCCGAGGCACCUGGAGAGCUUUCGCCGCGCCGUUGUUUCCCACCGGUUGACCGUCGCACGGGCAAAUCUCCCGUGUGUAGGCCGCCGCGUUCAGUUUGAACCGGAUGGGGUAGCUCCUGACCGCUCGAUCGGGAAGUUGGGCUCCGGGUACGCGCGUUUGCCGUUUCUGUUUUUGACGGGGUCGUUGGCGGCUAGCAUCUUAUCGAUAGCCUCGCCGGUUGCCUUCGGGUCCGCAGCGGCAGCUCCCUGAUCCGCAGAGGAAGGACCGCCAGCACUAGCCUGUGAAGCAUGUGAGGCUUGUGAGGCGUCGGCAGAUCCCGCGCUUGCACCCUCCGACAUCGUAGCCGCGCGUUGCGUGUGGUCGAGCCCGCAGCUCCGUCCCGGGCAUUUUCCCGAUUUU